AUGUUCUACUUCCCAGAGCUUCAAUUCAUAAACAGCAUCAUUACGCUUUACAAAUAUAUGGCCUGGAAUGCUACCAUGUUUAUUUACAUAAUUUACACAAAUGCGGCAUUUUUGGAGGUAAAGUACUACAACGAACAACUUGAGCAGCUCAAUGGAAACAGCGUUGACAUUGCGUACCAACUUUUGGAAAGAAUGGAAGCUUAUGGUCGCCUUAGUGGAUUGGUCAGAGAGCUUGAUCGAAUUUUCAGGCUUUAUGCUUUCAUAAUGCUUGUCAUAAUCGUGCCAUCUGUCAUUCUUACACUUAUGAUGGUCAACCAACGUAUUCAUGGCAUCAAAGACCUGAUAAUUUGCAUGCCUUCAAUUGCGCUUUGUAUCUACAGUUUUCUGGCGGUUACGGUAGCUCCGGCAAGACUUCAUGAUGAGGUCAGCAGAUCGAGAGUAUGCUUAAUUCGAAAUGAGACCAUAUGGUACCCGUAUAGGAAGGAUGUAUUCACAAUAGCACAAGCGCUAUCUUCCCAUAUGGAGCAGUAUGAUCUAGGCAUCUCUAUAUGGGGAUUCGCUGUUUUAUCUAGACCUUUGGUGUUAGCGACAUUCUCCGUCAUGGCCAUGUUGCUAUCCGUUAUUGUCGAAUUGACCCCAGCUCCACAUAUGGUGGAAGUUGUUAACUGCACAACGUCAGUGGAAAUAUGA